AUGGCCAAAAGUAAACCCAGAGCACCCAACACCCGGGCGGCUCGUCGAGCUGCAUCCCCGAGUCUGGAUGUAGACCGGUCUCUUACCUCUGCCCCUCGGGCUGAAUCGCCUACUGUUCAACGUCCUUCUAUCCUGGCCGAUCGUGCCUCUUCGGGAAUUCAAAAGAAGCAGAAGAAUAACCAAAAGAAGUUGUCUAGAGCACAGCGUUUGCGACAGCAGAAGGGCAUGGACCGAGCGGAGGCGGUCUUUGACCAAUUGGAAAUCAAAAAGUCAAAAAGUAUUGGUCGUGAAAAGAAUACCAAAGCACGAAGGGCUGAAUGGGAAGAUCUGAACAAGAAAGCGGCUAGGUUUGCCGCCCUUCAACAAGACGAUGCUGCCGAAGAUGACGAUGACGAGGACAAUGAUGAGAUGACAGAUACUGCACCAGCACAAGUGAAACCCAACCCAUUUGCAGCUCAUUCAACGAAUGUGACAGCGGAGGAUCCUGCGCUCAUUGACGAAGAUAAUGAGAUUACCUGA